UUUAAUGAGUGAAAUAAAAUUUAACUUACAUAUAUCUAUUAAAAACUUAUUUUCAACAAAAUAAAUCUAACUAACUUUCAUAAUCCACCCACCAUUCCCUUCCUUCGUUUCUCUUCCUCUCUUCCCCCUCUCUUCUUCUCCCUUUUUAGGGGUCAGACCGGGAGGGCUUUCUGGAGGCCAUUUUGAAGCCUGACUCGGGUCGGACCGGGGUUCGAUAGGGGUUUAACAACCUUGCAUAAAACUUAUGUGGGUAUCUUACAUGAAUAUUUUAAAUUAUUAGUUGAGUAUAUGAAAUUUUAAAUAUAUUCAACUUUUUUACCGCCGCAAAACACAUUCCAAAAAACUAGUAUGAGUAUAGGCCGUAUGUAUAUUGUCUUCAAAUAUAUUUUUAUAUACUUAAUUUCAUCUUAUGUUAAUGAUUUUUUUUUACAUUUAUUAUAUUUUAUUUAACAUACAUGAACCUCAUAAACUAGUUAUAAUCUGAUCGGAUUAUAUCAUUUGCCAAAUUCACUCCAAAAAGGAUAUAUCCCGAUUUCACAACCUUGAUAAUGAGACAAGAGAAUAAAAGCGUACUACCAUAGGACGCGAGGCAAAUGCCUGCCGUGUCGUCUAUUGUUUGAUCUAACAGACGCCACCUCCCUCAUUCCACUCCCUUACCUUUGCUUUUGGGUUUGUUGUCUUGUAGUUGAUGAUUGCUAGCAGUUCCUCUUUUCCAAGUCAUUUAUUAAGCAAACAGGUGAAGCUAAUCGGGUCCUUCUCGGACCCCUUUUUUGGUUCGUCAAACUUGGCUUCUUCCUUGUUUUGUCCUCUUCUCUUUUUCCUCUCCCCCCACUCCUUUUCAAAUGAACCAGCAUAGUUAGAAUCCAAAAAGAGGAAGGUGGAAGAAGACUCCCUUGUCUCUUCUUCUUCUUCUUCUUCUUCUUCUUCUUCCGUUUCCAUGGUUCAAAUAUAAACACCGGUAGGUAGAGGCAGGGCAUGAUUUUGCCUUUUUGGGCAAGCACAAGGAGAAGUCUACCAAAACCCAUUUCCCCACUUGUCUCUCUCCCACUCUUUAAUUUCUUGAACAGCAAGAACAAGAACAGUAAGAAGAAGAAGAGGUCGCAUGGCUGGUGAUAACGAAGUCAACCUCAAUGAAUCCAAGGUAUAUAUUCUCUUCCUUCCUUCCUUCCUUCCUUGUCUGCUCUAUCUCCAUAGCUUAGGAUUCUUAAUCCAAGCAAUGAUUCUCCGGUUAUGAAAGGAAUCUGUGCAGCCACAUGAUUCGAAGCUUCUGUUUUCUUUGCUGGGGCAGAGGGUGGUUCCGCUCAACACUUGGGUACUAAUCUCCAACUUCAAGCUAGCCUACAAUCUCCUCCGCCGCCCCGACGGCUCAUUGCCGAAUUCCUCGACCGCAAGCUCCCGGCCGAUCCACCAAACUUCUCAACCGGGUCUACCGGCCCCAAUCCCAAUUGGAUCCCCCAAUCGACCUCCAGAACCCACUCAGCACCGCCGCCGUUGUCCCCGUAAUUGUCUUCUUCCACUGCGGAAGCUUCACCCACUCCUCCGCCAGCAAUUCCUCCUCCUCCGAUGUACAUGUGUACCUCGCCGGUGAUAGCUCCGGCGGGAACAUCGCUCACCAUGUGGUGGUGAAGGCCGCGGAAGCGGGGAUUUCGAUACUGGGCAACAUCCUGCUCCAUCCGAUGUUCGGCGGGGAGGCGAGAACGGAAUCGAAGAAGCGAUUGGACGAAAAGUACUUUGUGACGGUGCAGGACAGGGAUUGGUAUUGGAGAGCUUUCUUGGCGGAAGGGGAAAACAGAGAUCAUCCGGCGUGUAACGUGUUUGGACCCAGAAGUAAGGAGCUAGAGGGGAUGAAGCUGCCCAAGAGCUUGGUGGUGGUGGCGGGUUUGGAUCUGAUUCAGGAUUGGCAACUAGCGUAUGUUGAAGGCAUGGAGCGAGCUGGGAAUCAGGUGAAGCUCAUUUUUCUGCAAGAUGCUACGAUUGGGUUCUACUUCCUGCCCAAUAAUCAGCACUUCCAUUGUCUGAUGGAGGAGAUUAAGAACUUCGUCAGUACACCCUCACUAAUGUAAUGUAAUUUAAUGUAAUGUAAAACCACUGAUGCUACUACUACUGGUUGUUAGCCAUAGCAAGCAGCCACCGGCUCGCUCUGUUUUGUCAGAUCUAGAGAUAACGAAGCAAUGUAAAUUUCCUAAGUCUGCCUAGGGGAGUCGCGUCGUGCUCGUGUUGUAAUUUUGCAGGGCAUUUGUUGAUGGAUGAAACAGUGAGAAGGAGAAAAAUGUUACUUUCUUGUUGUGUUAUUCCUGCUGUCAAAACUGGUAUUACAACUAUGGCUACAAAUCUAUAUAUCGGGGCUAAGAGUUGGUGGCCUUGCCCGAACUACAGCCUCUUCAGUACUGGAAUUCCGAGGAGCAAUUCAACUUGCUGCUUGAUCAAUGAUUGUGGGAGGGGCAACCCAGAAGGGAAAGCUUGAUUCUCUGCAGAACAACCCUCAUGCACUGUUCAUGUCAUCCACGUUAUUUUUCUGGCUUCUGCAAAGUUUGAUGGCGCCUGGACUCUGGAUCCUGGAAUCUCCAAACGAAUAUAGAUUACACAAUUUU